GAGGAAGACGUUUCCGUGGUAACAGGGGCCGGGUCCUUUCACCGCAGCGGCCACUUCACCUCCGGAGCUCCGGGACUCGGCUCAGUGACUGUCCUGGACGUGGUACAUCUGCGCCGGUGAGCCGUACAGGCACUGGGCGACACCUUUUGGAGGCGGCGGGCCCGCGCGAAGCACAGAGAUGCUCAAUAUGUGGAAAGUCCGGGAGCUAGUGGACAAAGCCACUAAUGUGGUGAUGAACUACUCUGAAAUUGAGUCCAAAGUCCGAGAGGCAACCAACGAUGACCCCUGGGGACCCUCUGGGCAGCUGAUGGGAGAAAUAGCAAAAUCUACCUUUAUGUACGAGCAAUUUCCAGAAGUCAUGAACAUGCUCUGGUCACGAAUGCUCAAGGACAAUAAGAAAAACUGGAGACGAGUUUACAAGGCUUUGCUGCUGCUGGCCUAUUUAAUCCGAAAUGGGUCAGAGAGAGUUGUAACCAGUUCCAGAGAACACAUUUAUGACCUACGCUCUCUAGAAAACUACAACUUUAUUGAUGAGAAUGGCAAAGAUCAAGGCAUUAACGUGCGGCAAAAGGUAAAGGAGAUGGUGGAGUUCAUUCAGGACGAUGACCGGCUCAGAGAAGAGCGGAAGAAAGCCAAAAAGAAUAAAGACAAGUACAUAGGCGUGUCAUCGGACAGUAUGGGUGGAGGAGGCAACAGCUUCAAGAACUCCACUGAGUUGGACCGUACAAAGUGGGACGAGGACUGGGACAAAGGCAAAGGUGGGUUUCCCUUCAGUGAGAAGCUCGGAGAGAUCAGUGACAAGAUCGGCAGCACCAUCGACGACACACUCAACAAAUUCAGAAAGAAGGAGAGAGACGACUCUCCAGAUAGAAUCAGUGACAACGAGGAGGACCGAUCUUCAAGAAACGGUCGACAAGACACACUGGAAUUUAAAGAUGAAGAAGAAACAGUGACCACAAAAAGCAUCCAGAUCACACAGGCCACAGAGACGACCACGACCACCACACGCAAACGCAGCGGAGGCUCCAGCAACAAGAGUCUGGACCUGGGAGCAGCCGCACACUACACCGGGGAUAAGAGCCCAGAGGAGAAGUCUUCAGGCAAACCGUCCUCGAGUAGUGGUCUUGCUGACUUGUUAGAGAUCGACCCUUCAUCCAAAAGCACCACAGGUGCAAGUCAGGACCUCAUUGGUGGCUUUGCAGAUUUCUCCUCUCCUGCUGCUUCUGCCAGCCUCCCAACCUCCACAGCUGCUUCUUCUUCCACUGGAAAUGGAGAGUUUGGGGACUGGAGUGCCUUCUCUAACCUCCCCACCUCAUCGUGUGGGCCAGCCCAGGCUGUCCCGGACCUGUUUGGCUCCACCACGCCCACCUCCGCUCCACCCUCCAACCCGGUCCCUCCAUCAGCCGAGCUCUUUGAUCUCAUGAGUGGACUCAGCCAUGUGGUCCAGACCCCUCAUGCCACUCUGAGUGCGUCCCAGAGCCUCACCUUCUCUUUGGGGGGAGCAGCACCGGGAGCUCUGCCCAACAUGCCCCUGUCCCGCUCACAGCAGAGUUUAGGGAGCAUGAUGCCGCAGCAGCCCAUGGGACAGCAGCAGAAAGUUGGUGGACAAGGAGCUUUGGGUUCAACGUGGUCUGAUCCUUCAGUUAACAUCAGUCUGGAUUUUUUAUCAGCUGGUCUCAACCCCAAUAAGACCCCACCUACUCUCAACAACAUUAUACAGCAGCAAGGUGUACCUCCUGUGAACCUUUUGGCUCAGAACUUUGGAGGACUGAACCUCAGCUCUCCUCCUCAUGUGACGCCCAUCAGGCCAGCUGCCAACCCCAUGAUGUCAGGCAACUGUAUGAGCUUUGGAAUGCCCACCUCUCCACCCAUGACAACCGGAAUGCCUACGUCUAUGACAACUGGAAUGCCUGGAACCAUGACAACAGGGAUGAACACGGGCUCUAUGGGGAUGCCUGGGAUCUCUGUGAACCAAAGCAUGAUGGGAAUGAACAUGAACAUGAAUUUAGGAAUGGGCGCUCCAGUGAUGAUGGGCGUCCCUACAAUGGGCCUAACACACUCCAUGUCUCCAGCCAUGGUCCCACCCAAACAAGAUGCCUUUGCUAACUUUGGCAACUUUGGAAAAUAAAUGUGAAUAUGUUUUGAGGUGUGAGUGAGUGUAUGUGUGUCAGACAUGUUUGUUUUUGAGAGUAGACCACUGAACGGUCUAUUGUGGGACUUGGAGGUAACCUUGCAUGUGACGUUUUUGCUCCAUCGGUCAGCUGCACAUGUUGUUUGCACUCAUGGUUUGUUGGCAUGAAUUUAGAGAUCAUGGAAGCAGUUGUCUUGCUGACCAGUUGUCUGUAAAGGUCACCUCUUUGUUUAUUGACCAUUUUCUAAUCUACAGUAUAACAAAUCAGUAUUUGUACCAGGGCUGCACAUGAGUGAGGUGGGCUCAAAAUGGCUUCACUGCCUUAAUUUUACAUUGUAAUGUGAAACACAUAUCUUUUCUAUUAUUCAGCCAAAUUCAAUUAUUAUAUAAGCCAUUUACCCUGGAUACAUAUUACACAGAUGCACAGAAAUGCAGUGCAUUUUUAACAAUGUAGAGCCAUAUGCCUGUCCUCCAGUAGAGGGCAUGAUAAAGUGUGCAAAUACAGAAUCUUCAGAGGCUGAGCUGCAUAGUAAUUUUUUGCCCUGCCUAUAUUAUUUUAAUCAUUAAAAUAUUGACAUCUCGCUGAUUUAAAAAUGUGUUCACAUACUUAAUAAGGUUCGUAGAGAGAAGUGAAGAGGGGAAGAUUUAGAAUGGCUGUGUAUGUGUGAGUGUGAAAACUUGUGAACAUGAUGUAGUUUUACUGUUACUGUGUGGAAACCGCUGAAGCAGAGCCUGUUGUCUUUUUCCUCAGGCUCUAUACUCCAAAAGACCAAAUCUUUAUUUUGUUACUCUCAGAGGGAUGAUUCAUAGCUAUCACUUUAUUUUAUUAGUUAACUUGUAUUAUGUUCAUAACAUAAUUGAGUUUAUUUUCUUUUGAUUGUACUUAAUUUUCUCUGUAAUUCAGUCUACAUUAAAUUACAACUUUACCU